AUGUACGAUGCAGCAACGGUGCUCCUGCGCGAGUACUACCGCGCAACGGGAUGGAACGAGCAGCAGUCGUACACGCAUCUGAUGAGCGCCUGCUCGGGCCUCGUCGACUUUGCGAUUCCGAAUGGUGUGCUGCUCUCCUCGGCCGCGACCAAGACGCCGACGAUGGUCUCCUCCGCACGGCUGCUGACCGUGCCGCUGAGCGGCGCCGUGGGCUACACGUACGUCGCGGCGCACAUGCCGUUUGACACGGCGUGUGUCCAGCGCUCGGCGCGCCGCAUGACGUACGGCGCGCAGUUUCUCACCCCGGAUACCCCGUUUGCGUUUGACGGCGUGCCGCUCGCCGCACCGAGCAGGGACGCACGCGACAUGCUCCUCUAUGGCUGCUUCCACGUCCCGUCGACCUACGCAGAAGGCGUCGCGGCAAUGCGCAUCGCGCCGCACUGGCAGCUACUCGCGACCGCGCUCUCGCGCGCGCCGCGCUACCCGCUGCUGCCGCUCGCCAAGCGCCUCGGCCUCGUUGCGCCGGGGCCCGUGCCGGACACGACGCAGGACGAGGUCGGGCCGCCCGGCACCACCAAUCUGCAGCUGGCUCUGCAGAUGCAGACGGACAAGACCACGGCCGAGUAUAGCUACUCGAUCGACGACGCGCUGUGGGGCCUUCGCGUCUUGCGCACGCUCACGCCCCCCGCUUCCCUCGGCGACGGGACACUCAGCGCAGGCGCCGAGGCCUUUUUCAGCGCUGCGGAGAAGAGCGCAGGACUUUCGCUCGGACUGCGGUACGCCCAGCGGCCGGUCUAUGGCGCCGGCGGGCGUGUGCUGAGCUUCCCCGCGGUGUCGAGCGCGACGCUGAAUCCCAUGAUGGGCCAUGUGCGCUACGCGUACGCGGCGCAGGUCGACGAGGAUCUCGCGCUGUGCGCCCGCUACGAUAUGAACGUGUACUCCUACCUCUCGGACCUGACGCUCGGCGCAGAGUACUGCCUGCGCUCGGCGCCGGCCGAAGAGCGGCACGAGGCACAGGGCUCGCUGCGCGAGCGCUUCGGCGUGUGGGCCGCACCGCUCACCGAUGCCGCGCUCUCUUUGCGGGAGAGCGUCGAGGCAUGGAGCGAGGGCGAGCGCGCCAAGCCCGAUGCGGCGCACGCAGCCGUCGCGACCGAGGCGCCAGACACACACGCGGUCGCGGCCGCAGAGCCUGCGGCGCUCCCGCUGGGCCCUCGGCAGCCCCCGCUGCAAGGCCUGUUCAAGCUCCGCAUGAGCGCCUCGGGCCUGCUUGCGCUGCUCUGGGAGGGCCACUGGAACCACUGCCUGGUGAGCGUAGGCCUCCAGACGCAGCUGGCGCUGCGCCCCACGCUCGCCGCCACGUCGACGCUCGGUGCCGAGUUUGUAUACGUAGACGAAAGCUAA